AUGAAUAACCCCCCGGCCUGCAGUCUGGAGGCGGCAGCGGCGGUGCCCGGCCGCCACGAGGGCCCGUGCGCGCCCAGGACCAGCCCGGAGCAGGAGCUGCCCGCCACCGCCGCCGCGCCGCCGCCGCCGCCGCCUCGCGUGCCAAGGUCCGCGUCCACCGGCGCCCAAACUUUCCAGAUCCCGGACCCCCGAGCCUGCGAGGCUGAGCGGCCCGGAGUGGGCGCUUGCAAAUUCGAGAGCGCCCGGCCGCCGGCCGCGUCCGCGGCUCUGCGGGACUGGAGCGAGGCGCACGGAGCUCAGGGCGCUCCUCCCGCGGCCGGGGUGGCGGGCCCGGGCAACGCGCUGCCUUGUAAGAUCCCGGCCCUGCGCGGCCCGGAGGGAGAUGCGAACGUGAGUGUGGGCAAGGGGACCCUGGAGCGGAAUAACACCCGGGCCGUGGGCUGGGUGAAUAUGAGCCAGAGCACCGUGGUGCUGGGCACGGAUGGAAUCACGUCGGUGCUCCCGGGCAGCGCGGCCACCGCGGCCUCCCAGGAGGACGAGCAAGGGGAUGAGAAUAAGGCCCGAGGGAACUGGUCCAGCAAACUGGACUUCAUCCUGUCCAUGGUGGGGUACGCAGUGGGGCUGGGCAAUGUCUGGAGGUUUCCCUACCUGGCCUUCCAGAACGGGGGAGGUGCCUUCCUCAUCCCCUACCUGACGAUGCUGGCCUUGGCUGGGCUGCCCAUCUUCUUCCUCGAGGUGUCGCUGGGUCAGUUCGCCAGCCAGGGGCCAGUGUCCGUGUGGAAGGCCAUCCCGGCCCUGCAGGGCUGUGGCAUCGCCAUGCUGAUCAUCUCCGUCCUGAUAGCCAUCUACUACAACGUGAUUAUUUGCUACACCCUCUUUUACCUGUUUGCCUCCUUUGUGUCUGUAUUGCCCUGGGGCUCGUGCAACAAUCCUUGGAAUACACCAGAAUGCAAAGAUAAGAGCAGACUUCUGCUAGAUUCCUGUGUUGUCAGCGAGCACCCCAAAAUACAGAUCAAGAACUCGACUUUCUGCAUGACUGCCUAUCCUAACUUGACCAUGGUCAACAUCACCAGCCAGGCCAACAGGACGUUCGUCAGUGGGAGUGAAGAGUAUUUCAAGUAUUUCGUGUUGAAGAUUUCUGCGGGAAUUGAGUAUCCAGGGGAGAUCCGGUGGCCUCUGGCUUUCUGCCUCUUCCUGGCUUGGGUGAUCGUAUACGCGUCCCUGGCCAAAGGCAUCAAGUCAUCGGGAAAAGUGGUGUACUUCACGGCCACGUUCCCGUACGUCGUGCUGGUCAUCCUCCUCAUCCGAGGGGUCACCCUGCCCGGAGCUGCCGCUGGGAUCUGGUACUUCAUCACCCCCAAGUGGGAGAAGCUCACGGAUGCCACGGUGUGGAAAGAUGCUGCCACUCAGAUUUUCUUCUCGCUGUCUGCCGCCUGGGGAGGCCUCAUCACUCUCUCGUCCUACAACAAGUUUCACAACAACUGCUACAGGGACACUCUCAUCGUAACCUGCACCAACAGUGCUACGAGCAUCUUUGCCGGCUUCGUCAUCUUCUCGGUGAUUGGGUUCAUGGCUAACGAGCGCAAGGUCAACAUUGAGAACGUGGCCGACCAAGGACCAGGCAUUGCGUUUGUGGUUUACCCGGAAGCCUUAACCAGGCUGCCCCUCUCCCCCUUCUGGGCCAUCAUCUUUUUCCUGAUGCUGCUCACUCUUGGACUGGACACAAUGUUUGCCACCAUUGAGACCAUAGUGACCUCCAUCUCCGAUGAGUUCCCCAAGUACCUCCGCACACACAAGCCAGUCUUCACUCUGGGCUGCUGCGUCUGUUUCUUCAUCAUGGGCUUUCCAAUGAUUACUCAGGGUGGGAUCUACAUGUUUCAGCUCGUGGACACCUAUGCUGCCUCCUAUGCCCUUGUCAUCAUUGCCAUUUUUGAGCUCGUGGGAAUAUCCUAUGUAUAUGGCUUGCAAAGGUUCUGUGAAGACAUAGAGAUGAUGAUUGGAUUUCAGCCGAACAUCUUCUGGAAAGUCUGCUGGGCGUUCGUCACCCCCACCAUUCUGACUUUUAUCCUGUGCUUCAGCUUUUACCAGUGGGAGCCCAUGACCUACGGCUCUUACCGCUACCCUAACUGGUCCAUGGUGCUUGGAUGGUUGAUGCUUGCCUGCUCCGUUAUCUGGAUCCCAAUCAUGUUUGUGAUAAAAAUGCAUUUGGCCCCUGGAAGAUUUAUUGAGAGGCUGAAAUUGGUGUGCUCGCCGCAGCCCGACUGGGGUCCUUUCUUAUCUCAGCACCGUGGGGAGCGUUAUAAGAACAUGCUCGAUCCCUUGGGAACCUCCUCGUUGGGACUCAAACUGCCUGUGAAGGAUUUGGAACUGGGUACCCAGUGCUAGUCUGGUGGUCUAGGCUGGCCCUCGAUCCUGUUUCCCCUCGCCUCCCUCUGAUGUUUUCCCCAGCUUCCUUCCCCGUUUUCUUCUUUCUCCCUCCAUCUCAGUUCAUAUCCGUGCAUGAGAGUGGUUAUGUAGACAAGUAGGACAUAGUAUCGCAUGCUAUAGUGAAGAGCUAGACAGACCAUCUGAAGCGCUGUUUGCCUGUGUUCAUGGUGUCAGAGCCUGGCAGGAUUGCUCCUCAGAACACAUGCUUUAACCCCAAAGGUGUGGGUGGGUCAACUCCGUGAGUGAGUGCCUACCUGUGAGGUACCAAGGGAGGAGGUGCGGUUCAGCCAAUAGAGCUGUCUCCAUUGUGUGUCAUCACUGUGAUGCCUCUUAGGCGAGUGGACAAUGGCUGAAUGACCAGUCAGUUUGCUUUGGACUCAGGCAUUUCGCUGAGUGGAGCAAUGGGGCGAUUUCAUUCUAACACAGGAUGUUCAGGGUCAGCACAUCGCGUUUUUUAGAUGGAGACAAGGUGUUUGGAUUUGGACAUCACAGAGGUGGUUCCGUUCACAUUUCCAUUCACAAUUGGGGGAUGUUUCCUUCAUGUGGACAUGCUGUCUUGGAUGCUUUACUUUCUGCAUACUGCGGAUCUCAGUGAAGAAUCAGCCAUUCUCUUCUCUCUGUCAGCAUUUUUUUUUGUGUGUAUGUGUGCACAUCUGCAUAUGUGUGUUGUUUAUUUAUAAUAGCCACUUAGUGAGUGCUCUUGGUCAUUCCCUCCACCUUUCUGAGAUAAGCCAUGAUAUCAUUUGUGCCUAAUUUUGUAUGUGCGUUAGCAGAGUUCCACCCUAGUCUCUUCCUGACAUUUUGCGCAGUGGCUCAACGUCAUGGUUCUUCUUAUGUCUGUCUCUCAACCUCUGGGAAAACAAGACUUACCCUGGUUCUGUCUAUAUAUUAUAUAUAUAGGACACAAACUCUUGGACAACUUCUCAAUUUUUACUCUUAACUUUUUUCAUUCACAGUAAAUGCCAAUUGUGGUCAUAGAGAAAUGAAAGAAACGGAGAGUUGAAUAGAAGGCAACCACAAUAUUCACUGCGCUUUUUUAGUUCCUUGUAUUUACAAGCCUUUCUGAUAAAUACAGCUUAGGUGAGUAGCGAGUGAGCCAAUUAAGAUUAUAGCUUUUAAGACUACACUUAGCCAAUUCCAUUUUAAGAGUUCCCAAUUCACCAUUCUCAUAACUGCACUCUAAUGAGAGCAAAUCAUGUCUGCAGAGAUUGGCGAAGCUGUAACCUUUAUUAUCUUCUUGUAUCCUGAACAUGCAUAUAUGAAAAAUUUUAAAUGUGAUAUGUGUUCAUGUAGUGUGUAUUGUAGUGGUGUUUUCUGUCCUUAUAAAUAUCUUAUGAAUCACUGUAGAGAUGGUGAAUUUAAAAUAGUGCAGUCAGGGUUGUUUUUCUUUUUUUGCCCUGGCAGUAAUAAUAUCUAAACCUAAAUUGUUUCCUUUAGGGGAGACCAUUUCAAUCAUUUUCUUAUUUGUUUAUCUUCAUAUUACAGGGUCUCAGGCAAAGUUUUCAGUUCGAAUAUUGUAUAUUGACGUGACAUUUUCAUCCUAUUCAAUGACAAUGAAGCCCAACAAACAGACCUUAAUGUAACUUUUUUUUUUCUUAAAUGACUUCAUUUGUUAAAAAAAAAUCUCAACACUUUAUUGAGUUCUCUCUCUGGGGCAAAUAUUACAAUUUGCCAGUAGCAAUGUGAACUUCUGAUUUUUUUCAAGAGUGGAAACUUUUAAAGGAAACAAGAGUGUGUUUUGAACUUCGGGGUUUCAUUUCUUUGUCUGCAGAUCAUUCUUUUUCUCCCCCCUGCUCCUUUCCCUUUUCUGCCUUUCCCCCAAAGCUGGACCUUGCUAGAAUCUAUUACAGAGAAGCAAAACUCGGUGCUUCUCCUACACAUACAUUGAGGAUGCUGAGCUGUGGCCUCCUGGCUCCAGUGUCUCUCUAAUGAUCUGCCUCCCUCGAACACUGGUUUCCCCUGAGAAAGCCAUAUCAACAUGACACUCCCCAUAAUGGGCAGAUUUCACCUGGUCGUACCCCAACUUCACCUCUCCGGUUGCUAUCGGUGGGGUGGGAGAAAUAAGGAGGUAUCAUUUAGAUUUGGAAACCCUGCAGCCUUUCCAAGUGAAGGUUGAAGAGCUAAAAUCAAUUAGUCUUCUCUCGAGGGACUGGUAUGUUUGUGUCAGGACAAAUGGCUUUCGGCUUUUCCUUUCUUGCCUCUUGGCUAACACUCCAGUCUGAUGCUGAAUGCCAACACAACUUCUGCUAAUUGUUGUUGUGGUUAAAAGGGGGAGGGGAACCCACGUGUGCUGCCAGGUUUGUUUUAUACAUACUGAGCAUUGAUUGUGAGAAUGGAGACACCCCCCUCCCCCCCCACACCAGCUAGUGUGUUUCACCUUUGGCUGCAUGCACUUGGCUUAGCCCAAGUCAAGGCAUGGGAGUUGUUCCCAGAAACAGCUGGGUAUUUUCCCUUUUCCUUACAGUUUCCCAGUUUUCAUGUCAAAUUUGCUUGAUGGCAAAAGGUUCUGCAUUGACCUGAAAAUGGUUAUCCACCAAAUGGAGCUCUGACCCUGUUGGGAGCUGUGUCUGGGCAGAGGCCUUCCCUGUCAGAGAUGUCUUCUGGGUCAGUCUUUCUAGCCCAAUGGCAUCUCCUCAGCUACACCUCUAUUCGUGGACAUGGCUGGGAGGGAAAGACCGAGAAACAAAUGACUAGCUAGGUUUCUUUACUAGGAGAACAAUCAACAGGAAGAAAUAAAGAAUAAUAAAAAAAACAAAUGAAUGGCAUUGCCACUUGAGCUCCCCUUCAAACUGGGUAACUGGGGAGACUGGAUAACUGAGGACAGACUCAAUGGUUUCCUGUGCAGAAUUGUGGGGUGUUUUCCACAGGUGAGAUCAUUUCCUAAAACUGACAAAUGCCAGAAACCCAUUCAGAGAGAAAAAAAAAGCCAUAUGAUAAAACAGUAACCCUGAAAUAUCCUUCAAGGAGGAAAAUGUAUAUUUCUUACUAAUCAGUGUUGUGGCUUCUUAUGCAAAUACGUGUCUUGCAUACUGGUAACUUUUCAUGUUUUUAAGAUUGUGUGUUUGUCAUGUACAAAUGUGUCCAGUUUGGUAUUUUGUUAUCUUUUUCCUUUAUAUUUAUUGCAUGAAAUUUGGGGUCAACGCAAAAUCCCAGUGACCUUAAUGUAUUUGAAAUUUCCAGUGUAUGUUUAAUAUGUCAGACAUGUAAUCAGCUUCUAUUUCAGUGAGUGGCACUUCAAAGGUUUCUUUUUUUCUGUUUUUUUUUUUGGUUGCUCUUUUUUCUGUUGGCUUGCUUUGGUUGAUAUAUUUAAGAAUGUCAGGGGUAUAGCUUCACACCCCUAUGUGUAUAAACACAAUGAACUUUACAGUGGCAAGACUGGGGUGGUUUUAUGCUGAUGUGCAUUGCAGUUAUUUUCCUUUAAGCUCUCGUUCUAGUCUCCACAUUGUCUCAGGGCUUCCUGAUGAUCUUCACCCGUCAGCAUGGUUGGCCAUGCCUAAAAUUAAGAUGUUUCUUUCCACUUUGUUCCCUUGGCCAUCGAUCGUCGUUUUCUUCCCAGAAACUUGCACAGUAACUAUUACUUAAUGUAUGUGUGAGGGCUGCUUCCAUGCUUGGAUUUGGGGCUUCUUGCUGCAGGUUGUCUUGCAGGAACACAAGUCUACGGUCCAAGAAUUAGCGUUUUCUUUCAUGUUUGGCUUCCUGUUAAAAAAAUAUUCAGACUGGGAGCAAAGAUUUGAGUGAUUCCAUCUUGAUGCCAAUUUGCUGCAAAGUGACCCUUGGAUCUAUACAAGCCAAGCUUCCCAUUUUUCCCAGCGCUUGCUUGAAGUGUACAGAAAAGGCAGGUCAUUCUGAAUUGAGGUCUCUGCGUGGGUCACCUGUGAGCAUUCUGCAGCCAAAGAGGAAGUGUUUUCAGGUGGGUGAGAGUCGCCUCUGAGAGGAAGCAGUGUUUUAUUUGCUUGCCGUGGAGUAAAUACAUCUUCAGGUAACCAUUUGCCUUAUAGGUGUAUUUUAGCGUUAGAAUGAUACAUAAUAGUUGACUAGGUACUGUUUUGUGACUCAUUUUUUGUCCUUUUUUGCACUUUAUUAUGGACCUAUCAUGGAAUAGGUUUAUUCUUAAAUUGUGUGCUUGGCUAAUGUCCUAAAUGCAGGCAUCUGAUGUGGUACUGUUGCCUCUGAAUAAAGAUAUGUUCCUUAACCAGGUCCUUCUAUUUUUUCAUUAACUGUACAUGAAGAAAAUAUGUUACAAAUGAUGCAUCAUAUAUAUCUUAUAUAGUACAUAUUAUAAGCUGUGCAUUAUUCAUCAAAGAAGUCAUUAUUCUUGAGGCCCUACCUCAAAUUUUGUAUUUAUGUGUACAAAUGCAAUUUAUUGUAUUAUAUAUUUGCCUAUUAUAUACUGAUAUAAAUUAGAAUUUAUCCUGAUAAUGUCUGAUAUGAGUUCACCAAACCCUCAAUAAAUGUCAGUGUUUAAAACAUGA